AGUGGACAGAAGCCUCCUCGAGCCAAACUUUUUUGAUGCAAAAGCUCUGGAUGAGGCGGCCGCGUAAAGUUAAAAAUAAGAAGCCUUGGGAGAACGUGAAGAGUACGGUGGCUCAGAAUGAAACCCCAGUAAGCCAAAACCACAGCAAUAUGGAAAGUUAGGAGGCACCGGAGACUUGAGGCGGAGGCGGGGCUGGGGAGGAAGGAGGGUAUGUCGUACAGGGCAUUGUGGGAUACGGUGGGCAACGUGGGGCUGGACGGGAGCCUGGGAGGGUCAGACCAUAGCGACGCGGGAAGUCCGGACGCGGUAGCUGCCUAAGUUGGAGGCCUGAGGCGGAGGACGAUCGGGUCCCAGCAGUGGCAAUGGCGGAGAGACCCGAGGACCUAAAUCUGCCCAACGCCGUCAUCACCAGGAUCAUCAAGGAGGCGCUCCCGGACGGUGUCAACAUCUCUAAGGAGGCCCGGAGCGCCAUCUCUCGCGCCGCCAGCGUCUUCGUGCUGUACGCCACGUCCUGUGCCAACAACUUCGCUAUGAAGGGGAAGCGCAAGACACUCAAUGCCAGUGAUGUGCUCUCAGCCAUGGAAGAGAUGGAGUUCCAGAGGUUCAUUGUCCCGCUCAAAGAAGCUCUAGAAGCAUAUAGGCGGGAGCAGAAAGGCAAGAAGGAAGCUUCGGAGCAAAAGAAGAAGGACAAAGACAAAAAAACAGAUUCAGAAGAGCAAGACAAGAACAGGGACGAGGACAAUGAUGAAGAUGAGGAAAGGCUGGAAGAAGAAGAACAGAAUGAAGAAGAGGAAGUAGACAACUGAAUAGAGUGGGCAGACUGGCACCAUAUUUAUUCAUGGUACCACCCUGAAAUAUCUCAUAGGUUUAUGCGAAGCUUUUCCCUGCUGGGUAGAGCGGUCUUAGGCUCAGAUACCUAAGAUCAAAAUAAAAACUGGAUAGAAUUAUCAAAAUUAGCUCUUCCCAGACUCAGAGCAUCUGAGUAGCAGAAUCCUAUUUUGCUGAAGGUUAUGACUUUUUAGUAAGGGGGAUUCUGAAUGGCUAAUUAAAUUGGCCCAUUUGAUAUCUUGUUUACUUAGAUGUAUGUUUAGGUAAUUUUUGAUCCCCAGUCUCCCUGACCCUCCAAAAAAGUAAUAAUAACUCCGUGCUGCCUGCUGUGUUCCACACCACAGAGGCAGUGAAGACUCAGAAAAAAUUGAGGCUUUGAUCAUGGUUGGCCUAUGUUCGAUUGCACAGUAUUUGGCAAUAGUAACUUAGGGCUGGGGAUAUAGCUCACAGAUAGAGCACUUGCCUAACAACAUGUGCAGGGCCCUAGGUUUAUUUUCAGCAGCACACACGCAAAAUGGUCACAAUGGUUUAGCUCUAGGAAACUACUAAAACGCUCUGAGAGAAUAAUGAAAUCUGUCACCUCUUCACUUGACAGUCGCAUUAAGUUUUGUUUUCUCUAGACUCUUUGGCUCACAGCCCUCCUUUAUUGCCUGCAGAUACUCAACCUGCAGAGGUGACUGUGCUCUAUGUACAGAUGCUCUUGCAUAAGCGGUUUGGAUUGAAACUGGUCAAGCAAGAGUGACACUGUCUUACAAAACAGAUGACUUAGUCUUAGAUGUACCUCACUGCCUGCCACUGUACAGCUUUAGGAUUCAUUAUCACCUCCUGGAAGGUGUAAAAUCCAGGCUUUCUCUUCUUGUAAUCCAUCUCCUAGAUUGUGGCUCUGCCUUUUCAAACUCUUAUUUGUGACAAGUUCCAGAGUUUAUUUCCACUAGGCUUAACUUUUCCCCUCUAUACUUCUCCCUAUUUUCUGCUUCUCAUUCCCACCUUCUGUCUCUAUCUGCAACUCUAGGAAUUUUGAUUACUUGCUUAAUAUCCCAAAGUGUAGGUUCCUCUGAUUCCUUAGUCUCAUGUCUUUUAAAAAUGGCUUUGUGAAAUUCCUCUAAACCUUAAGGGAAAGCUGAUGGUGCUCAGGAAUCUAAUCUCCAACCAUCCCUUUAAUUGCUUCUAAAGCAUCUGUGUUGGCCCUUUGUAGCCUUUUCCUCUUCCCUUCAGUACUCCAAGCACUUUCUUGUCUCAUCUGAGUGCUUGGGGUUGAACACUGUUAACUUGUUAAGUGAAUACAGUGAAAUGUUUUGUUGACAAACAACUGAAGACUGUUGAGAAAAUUUUAAUGCUUUGUACAAAUA